UUGACCUGUGGAGCAAAGGCUGCAUGUUUUGACUUAUUUUAUCCCCCCCACAAACACAAACAUGCAGAAGGCAUGCAUGACUCGUAAUGUACACUUAAAUUCCGACAAGUGCUGAUGCGUUAAGUUGAACUUGUUUGUUUUCGUCAGCGACAGCAAAACACCUCGGAAGUCCAAACAGAAAAAGCUGUUGCCUUUUAAUUUUGUUGGACUAUUUUAUGUUUUUGCCUGCAAUAUCUACCCGCCGCAGGCCUCAGGCAGGGCCAUUUUUGUUUAAGAGAAUCUUUUGAGUUGAGCAAUCAGGAGCUGAUUACUCCUGACCACUAGGUCAACUUUAUCAUGGUGCAACAAGGAGCAAACAUAUAAUUUAAUCCAAAUUAUUUUAUUUUUAUGAACAAGUCAUGUACAAACAUUAUGCUGCAUGAAAAUAUAUUUUCUUGAAAUCCUUUUUUUUUUUUUUUUUGUAUGGUACUUAUUAACAAGGGAAGCAAAUGGAUGUUUUCCAAAUUUCACGUGUUGCGUUUAGGACAAAAUGUUAAUUCACAUAUUAGGGCUUCAAUUUGGUUUGAAUUGAAAGCUAAAGGUGUAGGAAGCGUACAAGCCAACGUCACAGAUGAUCUCGUACGUCGCUGAUCCAUGGGGCGUUUAAGUAAUUCCGGAAUAUUUGUUUUCAUAUGUUUGAGACUUUCAUUAACGGUGAUAGAUGCCCGAUCCAUUAGUACUGGGAGGGUGAGAAGGGAUGAUCAGAGUUUUCUUUUUUUAACGCAUCACUACUCUAAUUUUAUGCUCAAUGUGUUCAGUUUUUGAGUGAGAUGACCAGGGUGACGUAAACGCAGCUCACGCGCAACCUGAGUGUAAACGAGUAACUUUGUUUAAACUCCUAGUACGCCGACUGCUUCAAGCUCAAACGAGAACAAAUUGGUGACACAAUGACAACAGGGGCUCCACUCAACGUCUUUUAAGCUUGAAAACUGCUCGACGUGUAAGUCGACUCGUCUGUUAGCAGUCAUUCAGUUCGACUUGGAACACAUUUACGUCUCUCCUACAGCAAACUUUUUUUUUUUUUUUUUUUUUGUCGCUUUGAUGUCCUCCGCAAAUUGCCCCGAAGAGCUGGAUUUCGGUCUUAUCUUUGAGGAGGGCGAACACAAUGAAGGUCUUGCCGCCCAGCUGGCUCCCACCCACUACCAGCAAUAUGCGAGUCCUGCAUAUGGCGCCCAGGGGAAUUCGCCAUCAUUCCCUUGUCCCAGCAUCCAGAUAACGGCCAUUGCGGCCAGCACGAACAGCAAUAAUGAUGAAUCACUUGGUGCGGAAGGUGGCUACCUGGAGUCGUCGUGGCCCAGAAACCAGUUGUACCUCCCGCUGGAACCGUGCUACCGUGAUGCGCCCUUCUGCCCGAGCCCCUGUAGCAGCCUGUCGUCCCGCAGCUGGAUAUCAGACCUUUCGUCCUGUGACUCUUUCUCACAUGCCAACGGUGAUAAUGCAGACAGCGAUCUGCGCGAUGCAGCACUGCUGUUGGCACUGGGUACCCCGGGCUGUGGCAACCAGGGCGGAGGAGCUUUUGGAGUGGAGCUGUGGCAGCAGAAGUACCAGAACCCUCAGAACUCUGCUUCGGUCAGUCCAGCACUGUCGCCUUACCAGUCCCCUCAGCACUCCCCUCGUGCCAGCAUUUCCGAAGACACGUGGAUGAACCGCCGACCAGCUUCCAGACCAUCCUCCAGACCCACGUCGCCAUGUGGGAAGCGUCGUUACGCCAACGGUGACGCUUUUGCACGUUCGCCGUCACCUCAGUGCCUCCCCAGCGUUACAUUGGGCGGGUCACCGUGGGGCAGUGUGACAGACGUCACGGCGGCAGGACCGCUCGGACUCUCCUACCAGGAGCUGGACGUCCCGUCAAAGACCAGAAGGAAGUCUGGAACGCGGAUGGGUGUCAUGAUGGGAGAAUCGUUUCCUGAGGAUAUGGGCGGCAGCAGGGUGCCCACACCUAGGGAGGAGUCACGUGACAGUGGCGACUUGGCUGAGGUUUUCCUUCAGGUUCCUCCCCACUUUAGCUGGACCGCCCCCACAAAUGCAACGGCACCCCUGUUCCGACCUUCGUCCCCUCCUCCUCUGGAUUUCCCUCUGCCGAGUUCCUUUGGGCCCAAUCGGCUAAGCGUGGAAGCAGAACCUCGGCCGUACCACCGCGCUCACUACGAGACCGAGGGUAGCCGGGGAGCCAUCAAGACUCAUGAUGGGGGACACCCCAAAGUCAAGCUGAGCGGUCCAUGCUGGCGUCCGCCGUCCAGCCUGCUGGUGUUCAUGGGCACAGCAGACGAGCGCCAACCCCUUCGCCCGCACUCUUUCUACCGAGUCCACCGCGUGACAGGAAAAACGGUGAACACCUCCUGCCAGGAGAAGAUGGUGGACGAGACCAAAGUCUUGGAGGUCCCCCUCAUGCCUGACAAUGACAUGACCGCCACCAUCGACUGCGUGGGAAUCCUGAAGCUGCGAAACGCUGACAUCGAGCUGAAGAAAGGCGAAACAGACGUGGGAAGGAAGAACACCCGCGUGCGAGUGGUGUUCAGGGUCGCCCUGCCGCAGCCGGACGGACAGACACUAUGGCUGCAGACAACCUCACAUCCUGUCGAGUGCUCACAGCGUUCGGGUCUAGAACUCCCCCAUGUGGACCAAUUUGCACCCGCUAGCUGCCAGCAGGAAGGCGGACAACGUCUUGUCAUCCUGGGGUCCAACAUGUCCUCGCGCUCCAGGGUGGUCUUCGCGGAGAAAAGUCCCGAUGGGCGUGUCCUAUGGGAGGCAGAUGCUGCUGUCGUACCCGAAAAGAGCAGCAGUGUAAGUUCAUUGAAAAAUUCCAGCCUCACUGUGGACAUUCCAGCAUACAACCACAAGACGAGGGUUCCCGUCCAAGUGCUCUUUUACGUAGCUAACGGCAAAAGAAGAAGUGCGUGGCAGAACUUUACUUACCUGCCAGGAACCCCGAAACAAUUCGCCCCACCCCCCUGUCAGGUGGCUGCGCUUGAUGAGGAAGCACUUCAUUAUCUCCCCGGUGAGCCGGCCUUGCAUAGUGGACUCCACAUCAAACGGGAAGCUCAGGACACUCACACAGUGGCGCUGCUGGAGUUGCAGGAGAUCACACUGGACGACGUCAAUGAAAUCAUCGACAGAGACGCAUGCAACCAGAGCAGUGCCACUAGAGCCGACCCACCGGACCAGUACCACCAGUGCGACUGGGACUUCAAGUCAGGCGAAGCCGUCCUUCCCUCACUAAGCCAGCACUAGCGAAAACCACCGAAACGCUUACGACUUUUCUAUUGGCCAGUUUUAAAUCUAUUUUUAAUACUUCAUUUCCUGUUUGUGCACCUCUGCUGUGUCAUGUGACUGCUGUGUUCAAUUAUAUAAUUCUUGCGACAAUGUAAUCUGUGAUUGGUUGGGAUCACAAUGAUUUGCAUGGAACAAGACAACAAUGGCACAACAGUAAUAUUGUGGUGCCUUGCUAAAGGAGUUUAUUUCGUUCCUGGAAUUCGCCCUUCCUCGUGGCUUUUGAUCCUGCUAUAGCACAAAGUUUUUAGAUGUAGUUCCAGUAUUAUCACACAUUUAGCACGAUACUGCAAUUCCCCCAAAGUGUGAUGUGCGCUGCUGCCAUUUAACAGUGGUGGUCUAUUAAUAUAGUGGUGCCUUGCUAAAGGAGUUUAUUUCGUUCCUGGAAUUCGCCCUUCCUCGUGCCUUUCGAUCCUGCUAUAGUUUUGUUUUGGAUGUAGUUCCACUAUUAUCACAUAAUUGGCACGAUACUGCAAUUCCCCCAAGGUUUGAUGUGCACUGCUGCCAUCUAACAGUGGUGGUCUGAAGCGAAAAAGUUAGAAAUGUUAAGGCACAACUGAAGUCCCUUGUCUGUAUAUCAACCCAAGGGUUUACAUUUUCAAUUGACCACUUCUACAAAAUCCGAGGAAAUCACAAUGUCCCAAGACAGGAGAAGAGUGUUGUGGUUCAUUUAAAUAGUUCCUGGUCCGGGUCCAUUUGGACAAAGCAGAACUCGUUGCGAAGUUGCCGCUCCGAAGAUGUCCAGCAACUGUUGGCGCAAGUGUAGACCAGCACGGUCCCGAACUCCAGCUGCGAGCUGGCAGAAGUCCCGCCAGCGUCCUUCCAGCUCAGCAGACUGACCAGGGCUGGCAUUAGCUGGAACUCAAAUAUGCGUAGGCCCCCACAGGAAUUGCAUGGCGGCACCAGUUGCCGAUCGUCCGAAGGCGGUUCCGAGAUAAAGAGCGGUCGCCCACCGCGACAAUAGCGCAAGAUCUGCUGCGGACACGCCGAGAUCCUCUUCCGGAAUCUGGAGAAGGAAUGGUCGCCGUGACGUGCUCGACUCUUCUCAUAUUUUUCGCCACCACUGUCCUCUUGGCCACUCUCCAGCUCGCCUGCGACUGCUCCUUCUCUUCUCUCAUAAUCCCUCAGCAGCUUUUCAGCAUGCGAAAGCCCUUCUUCGUCAUCAGCCAAUACGUCGCAUUCGUCCACCACACUGAUGAAGAACGGUCGCAGGACAGGAACGCCCAGCUGAGGCUCUGCGAUAUGAAGCAUAUCUAGCCGGUCUCUGAUCAUGUCUUCAGGAACAUCUGGAACUACGUUUAUUCACAGCAGGAGGAUCACAAGACAUUUGAUACGCAUUCACUGGUCGUCAUCGCCGAUGGUGAACAGCGGCGUUCGGUCAGGUGGGAGAUUGGCUUGGAUACGCUGCCAGCGGCCAGGAGGCCAAACGAUGUGAGACGCGCGGCCAUGGAGGAGAGCCAGCGACACCUUGACACAUAAAAGACCACCAGGGAGUCACAUCAAGACCAUCUUUUCGUCUUCUCUGAGUUCUCGCGUAUACUACGCAAGAUGAGAAAUUAUGGUAAUAACAAUACACUUCAAGAACCAGAUUUCAGCCAAUUCUGAAUACAUAUUCAUUCUGGACUGGGUCUGUUUGAACCAUGACCCAACAGGAUGGUUCCUCGUAGUUGGCUAGUUUCCGCGGACGCAUUUACCGGGCCGAAGGUGUUGCUGUCUAGACUGUGGCCGUGAUGGUCCCCCUCGAUCCACAGAUGGCCGUCGGGGACGCGCACAUGUCGCUUCUUGUAGCUCAGAGUCCUGCAUACAAAUAAAGUCGA